AAAACCGCCGCAGUCGUUCGUGAGACGUGCAGCGUGGAGGGUCGUGAUAGCUUCGCAUUGGUGCGAGUGUUACUUGGCGGUGAGAAGUGUCAUGCAUGUCGAUGAUGACUCUGUGAGAUGAAGAUUCUUAGACUCGCGUCGUUGUCGGACAGGAGGAACAUCUUCGUCGCCCUUACGUUGCACACGCGAUAAUUUCAUGCCAAGUCGGACGAUGAGGACCGGAGAAACUUGGUCAUGUCAACGUUUAUUGAGAUUGACAGUAGUCUGUGCCCCGUUAACGAGGAUGCUUGCGUUCCGAACACGAUCGAGCGGAUCGAUUCGACGGUGACGUACAAUGAUUUCUUCUCCGAGUAUCUGAUACGUAAUAGACCGUGUAUUAUCAGUUCGCAGGCCACCGAGAAUUGGCCAUGCAGGCGCGAGUGGGUGCUGGAAGAUGCACCCAAUUUCGAGAUGCUCCGCACGUCUUUCGGACACUCCGUUGUCCCAGUUGCUGAUUGUAAUAGAAAGUUUUACAACUCGCAAUUCAAGGAUGACAUGUCCGUGGGAAGUUACUUGGACUACUGGAUCAAUUAUAGGCGGAAUAAUUAUUCUAAAACGAUGCCGCUGUUGUACCUGAAAGAUUGGCAUUGCGUGAAAAACUUCCCCGGUGUUCCAAUUUAUGAAGUGCCUCAAUAUUUUGUAUCUGACUGGUUGAACGAAUACUAUAUCGCUCAUCCCGAAUUAAAUGACGAUUACAUGUUCGUGUAUAUGGGUCCGAAAGAAUCAUGGACUCCGUUGCAUGCAGAUGUUUUUACAUCAUAUAGCUGGUCUGCAAAUAUAGUUGGAAGAAAGAGGUGGCUGCUCUUCCCUCCGCACGAAGAAGACCGUCUCCGUGAUCUUUAUGGACAAUUAGCAUACGAUGCAGCUUCGGAGGAGCUUAACGAUCGUACAAAGUACAAGAUGUAUGAUAGCACAAAGUUAAAAUAUUUGGAUGUGAUUCAAGAAGCAGGGGAGAUUAUAUUUGUGCCAUCUGGAUGGCAUCAUCAAGUUUGGAACUUGAGGGAUACAAUUUCUAUUAAUCACAAUUGGAUCAAUGGUUGUAAUAUCAUCAAUGUAUGGCUUGCAUUAAAAAAGGAACUGAGGUCUGUCAUGAAAGAAGUUGAUGAUUGCAAGGACAUGAAAAAUUGGAACGAACAUUGCCAAUUGAUGCUAAAAACGUCAUAUGGCAUGGACUACAAACAGUUCUUCGAAUUUAUAUCUUUUAUUGCUAAGAAUCGUCUACAUGCUAUGGCAAAAAAUACUCAAAUUAUAAACUUCAAUAAGUAUCUUCUUGGACGUAAUCACUGUUUAUUUGACUUACGAGCGUUAAAAAAUGUACUGAAGAAUUUUGUCACAGAUGUGCAAGAUUUGUCUGUGCACAAUUUGAUGUGCAAAAAUGAUGAAGCCCGUGCGUUAUUGAAACAUAUUACUUCGAUUCUUGAAUCAUCCUGUAACAUUGGAAAUGUAAUUUCACUGAAGAUGUAAUGUAAUUUCUCUAUGAAUAUAAAACGAUAUUCAAUAAAUCGUUAAUAAUUAACGCAGAUUAUAAAUUUUCAUGUUUCUGUAUGAUGAUAUUCACUUUUACAACUUUCGUACCGAAUUCUUAAUUUCUAAAUUCUUAUAAAUUCUUCACGUUAACUUUAUUUAAAUUUCCUCUUAGAAGAUAUAACAUUUCGCCAUGCCGCAUUCUAAGAUUACGUUUGUACAGUAAGCACUAUAUUAGAUGCCAUCUUGAAUUAUAGCAAAACACAAGUAAAAUGCAUGAGAUAAUUAGAAAGAGAUAUUCACGACGAAAAGGAAGAAGGAAAAGAAAAGAACUGCAAAUGUUAACACAAAAUAAAGCAUGAAGAAAAGCAAUAAUUAUCUCAUGUCCUAUAAUAAGUGUAAUUAUAUCUAUGAUAAAAAGCUCGCGCGGAUGUGAUAAGUAAGAUUGACUUUUACAAUCUAAUAGAACGAUUAAACGUGGGAAAAUGUAAUUUUUUCCCAGUGGAAGAUACAUUAUUCACUAAAUGUAAAGAUUUACAAGAAAAAUUUUUUUACUCUUGGACUCUAUCAAGCUGUAAUACAAUACAGUUGUAAUAUAACCUAAUCGCAGAUACCUAAUCGUUUUUGCUGCCUAUAAAACAAUAUAGUAUCUCACAAAAUUCUUAACUUAUAUUUUACGUAUUGUCUUAUUUACUAUCAAUUGCGUAAGCAUAUAUGUAUAUGUAUAUAUAUUAUAUAUAUAAAUAUACGCAUGCUAAAGAUGGCUAUACACACGCACGCGCAUGGGCAUGUGUGCGCCUAUAUGCACAUGUGUAUGUACACACUCUACUCCUCUCUAGCGUACAUCUAGCACACAUAUACUCUCUUAAUAAAAAUAUACAAAAUUUAUAAGAGAUGUAAAUAUUAUUUCUCUUCUUGAAUGAGAAGUGGCCGACAUGUCGACAACCGCUUGUAAAAAGACUGUAGACCACAAAUAUUUUUAAUAAAAUCAAUUCAGUAACAUACACGUAUAUGUGAUCUCCGAUACAUUACUUAUAAAUGUGCGUAUAAUAUAACUUUAUUAUUCCGUU